AUUUUGUAUGAUGGACACACUGGCUAGCUUUAUUUUCUCAACAGCUGCUGAAAUUCCUAUACUGCAAUACCCUGUGUUUGCAGUUUACUGUAUACAAUCGUGUUUAGUGUGGUUUAUUAUGUGAAAAAUGAAAAAGAUUCAUGUAAAUAUUUUAGUAGCUUCGACACAGUUUUGUAGAUGGAAGUCAAUGAUUUUUAUUUAGUAUCACACUAUGUACAAUUAAAAUGAUAUUUAGUGGAAUUCGAGUGAUAAAAUUGAAACGCAGAUUGAAAGUAACGAUUGACGAUUGACUACCGAUGGAUAAAUAACUAACGAGAUCAACUAAUUAAAAUUCGAUGCCUCUCGGCAAUAAACCCGAAUGUGUCAAGUGUGGGACUCGAGAAACCCCGCUUUGGCAUUCAACCGAAACAGGUAAUCUUUGUAAUGAUUGUCUUGAAGAAGAGAGAAAUUCUGAAGCAACUUCAAACGUAAAAAACGAAGAGGAGGAUAAAGCAGGAUCGUUAAAACCUACCAGAAGAAGUACAAGGAUUACAAGAUAUUGCAAUUCUAAAUCAGUUCCACACAAGAUUAUACCUAAAGGAAAAGGAAGAAGAAAUUUAUUCAAAAGAACUCCAGUCAAAGCACCAACAGCCACAGCAACUCCAGUUACUAGCAAUUAUGUAUUUUAUAAGGGCACAUAUUUUCAAGUAGGUGAUAUAGUUUCUAUGCAAGAUAUUGAUGGAGGAAUUUAUUAUGCUCAAAUUCGUGGUUUACUCACGGAUCAAUACUGUGAAAAAAGUGCAGCUGUCACUUGGCUUUUGCCUACUACAGCAAGUCCACCACCUGAUGAAGGAUUUAGUCCUGAGACAUAUAUUAUAGGACCAGAAGAAGAUCUGCCACGUAAAUUAGAAUGUAUGGAAUUUGUAAUGCAUGCUCCAUCAGAUUAUUAUAAACUAAAAAAUACACCAUAUCCACCACCACUUACAGAAAGAGGUACUGGAUUUAUAUGGACUACACUUAGAAAUGAAAUUGCUACAUCUAAAAAAUAAACGUUUAUUUUUUAAGUUAUUAUAAAAUUUUUUAAGUUAAUAUUUGAGUUUAUUUACGUGGUGUACAAGGAUAAAACAAAAUAACUACAGUGUAUUUAUAACUGUUCAAAUUUUUUAAAAAAUAAAAAUUAUCAUGAAUAUA